UUUGCAGUUCCAUCCUCAUGAUCAAAUUAUUGUCUGGAACAGUGCUAAAUCUCUCAUCUCGCGAGAGCACUUUGAUACCGCCGACUGAUGAGAUUGUCCAUCUACGUUGGAAAGAAGAGCCAGGGUACAUCCUUGUUGUGGAGAAGGAGGCUAUCUUCCAAACACUAUGCCACUCAGCCUUUGCGGACAACUCGCUUCUUGGAAAAAAAGGUGUCAUUAUCACCGGGAAGGGGCAACCCGAUAUUGCUACACGUGGUCUAGUCCAUUUGCUCAGCCAGGAGCUGCCUUUGAGGAUCCCAAUCUUACUCUUGGUGGACGCUGAUGUCUAUGGUCUUGAGAUUGCAUCGGUUUAUAAAUGCGGGAGCAUCAAGAUGAGACACGAAUCGCAUUCUCUCACAAGCGAAAGAGCUAUGUGGCUUGGGCUUAAGCAUUCCGAUUUCCGAAGAUUCCAUAUCGAUCCCGACUCUCUGCUUCAUAUUUCCAAUAUGGAUUAUCGAAAGGCUCUGCACAUGCUCUCGCGUCUGGGUGAUCGUUUCCCAAGUGAUUGGAAGGAUGAACUUACUCGAUUGGUUUUAAUGCGUCGAAAAGCAGAAAUCGAAAUACUUUCUCAAGCCUCUCCGACAACGGGUUGUUUGUGGGAUACUGCUCGAUCUGGCCCAGCUCUGAUACCGUACUUGCUCGUUAAAAUUUCGGAGGUGUUGACUGUUAUGUAAGAGGGGACAGGAAGUGAUUCUGGUAUGCUGUCGCAGGGGUGAAAUGCACUGUACGAUGCGGGAAUAAUGCAUGGAAAUAAAGCAUGAAUCGAAAUACUUUUAAGCCUUUUGCUUCUUCUCGACCGUGACUACGACUCUGCCUUCGCAACUUGGCUUG